UGCAGAGUUGAACCAUUGUACUGUCCCAGCAGGAUGGGGGAAGAGGCAGCUUCCACAGGGUUUCUGCCAGAAAGAUCAUCCUGUACAACAGGCCUGCACUGCCUGUGAGCCAUAAGGCUUACUGCAGCUCACCACCAGGUAUGUGGUGGCUGGCUCUCCACCAGGGACUUGAUCAGUCACUUUGGCAGAGAGAAGUUGCUAAGCAGCUAGCAGGCCAUAAUACAAAUCUAUUGGGCUAGAUUCAUCUUGGUGGGUCAGUAACUCUAACCUUUGCCUGAUGUAAAGGCAAAAUGGUGCUUACAUUCAAAUAAAUCUGUGAAUGUUUCAGUUGUGCAAGUGUCACUCAUCAUCUGGGAGAACCCGUGAACAUAGGAUGCUGCCUUAUAUUUAAUCAGACCACGGAUGCAUCUAGAUCAGUAUUGUCUACACUGAGAAGCAGAAGCUCCCUGGGGUUUCAGGCAGAGAUAUUUCUCAAGCUUACCUGGAGAUACAAGGGAUUGAAUCUAGCAGUUUCUGCAUGCAAAGCACAUUAUCCUCAAAAGAUUUGAACUUCCCUAUACGUACUCUGACCUGGUGUCAUUUAUGAUGUGGCACUCAUUAUUGUUCCGGUAAAACGAGGCACCCACUUGGAUUAAUUCCUCUCCUGUGAAAGCACAAAGAAUGGAAGAAGCUGAACUGCUGAAGGAAAGAUUGCAGGCCAUAACAGACAAGAGGAAACUGCAAGAAGAAAUCACUCAGAAACGCCUUAGAGUAGAAGAAGAAAAACUAAAACAUCAACAUUUGAAGAAAAAAGCCCUGCGUGAGAAAUGGCUCUGGGAUGGACUAAAUACUCUUACUCCAAAAGAACAAGAAGAAAUGCAAAACCAGAAUCAAGAGGAUCAGCAACGGAUGAAUGGGCUGGAACAAAAUAUUCUCAAACUUGAAAAGGAAAUUGAGACUCUCGAGAAAGAGGAGCUGACAAUCUCAGCUAAAGAAAAGGCCAUAUUAAAGAAGCUUAAGUUAGUUGAAAGGACAACAGAAGAUAUCAUAAAGUCUGUGAAGGUAGAAAAAACAGAGACUAAAGAAGAGUCAGCUGAUUACAUCUAUGCCAAUAUUCCUGAUCUCCCAAAAUCUUUCAGACCUUCUGCACUCAAAAGGACAAGACAUCUAGAACCAGAGGAUGAUGAAGAAAACCGAAGAGCGCUGUUUGCUAUGGAGAUAAAAGUUGAAAAAGACAUGAAGACUGGAGAAAGCACUGUUUUGUCAACAAUACCACUUCCAUCAGAUGAAUUUAAAGGUGCAGGAGUCAAAGUAUAUGAUGAUGGCAGAAAGUCUGUUUAUGCAGUGAGUGCCAAUGGAAAUGCAACGAAAAAUGAAGUUGAUGAUCUUGCGCCUGUCGAAGUGGAGGACCUCUUAAGACAAGCAACUGAAAAACAGUCAAAGUCUCCCACUGAAUAUCAUGAGCCUGUGUACGCGAAUCAGUUUUGCAGACCCAUAACUCCCCAGGAUUUAACCCAGGGACCAAAUGGUGAAGAUGCUGUUCAAAGUAAGACUAGCAGAUCAGACUGUUUUUUAAAUGAACCCACCUAUAAUAAAGGGAAAAGGCAACACAUUGAAGAAAAUGGCCUCCAUCUUUCAGAGGGCUGUCAGCAGCAUUGUCAAUCUCCAGUCCUUCAACAAACAGGAAAGCCUCAGCAGAUUAGUCCCCUGCAAAAGACGGCACCUACGGUGCAAAGAGAAGUUAUACAAGAAGCUUCUGAACCACUUCAGAAGACAAGAGAAAACCAACAAAGUGUAGCAUUCAGAAACUCUGUGAAUAGUAACCAAAGGCCUUCGCCUGUCACAAUAAAAAGUGAUGAUGACUCUAGCUGUAGUGUAGUCCAAGCUGUGCCAUGUUAUGUGGAUGAUACUGAACCUGUUACAAUGAUUUUCAUGGGUUACCAGCAUGUGGAUGAUGAUGAACUGAAUAAAACAGUCUGUGGAUAUGAUGGGAUUAUCCAUGCAGAACUUGUCGUCAUUGAUGAUGAGGAUGAGGAGGAUGGUACUGAAGAAGGAGCCAGUAAAACUGAGAAACCUUUGUAUCAUCCAGUGGGUCCUUACAGCCAGGUGUAUCAGCCACCCAGCCAAACAGCUACAAUUCCACAGACAACCCCCGGCCAAACUGUUGUUGGUGACAAUUUGAACAAGUCACCAUACAAAAAUUCCAUAUCACUCAAAGAACAAGAGGAACAUUUGAGCUCUCCUGCCUACAAUGCUCAACUUGAUGGCCAGUUAUCAGGUGAUGGAACUGAAGAUCCCUCCUUAACAGCUCUGAGAAUGAGAAUGGCAAAACUAGGGAAAAAGGUGAUUUAAACAACUGCAGUGGAAUUAUAAUCAAUAUGAAGUAAAGAAGAAUUUUCUACUUUCUUUGGACCUGGAUGGCUUUGGCUUCUGCAAAUAUAUACAUAUAUAGGAGUAGCAGCACUUUAUGGGGGGGUGGGGGAAUGAGCAGACAGACACACAUUAAGGUUUGCCCCUCCAAAGGUUUAGUCCAUAUAAGCAUAAACUUCCAACAAUUCCCAGGAGCAUUUUAUUAGAAGUGUCUCAGUAUUCUCAGAUGACACAGGAAAUCAAGAGCCAGUAUCUUGAACAGGACUGCACCCAUAUCUAUAAAAGGCAAUGCUGAUUUAUUUCUUCCUCCAAUUCUGGCUGUACAUGAGUACAAGUAGUACUAAUCCUAGCCUUGCUAGCACAGUUUGGGGUUGUGGGGAUCACACCCUUCCACUCCCAUAAGCCAGUUACUCAGCCUAGAAUAGAAAACUCUACCCAAGGCAUUUUCUACCCAAAAGGCCAUGUCGUUUUAGGAGAAAUGGUCUAGAGUACAUCAUGAAAUUUACAAACACUUUGAGGGUCAUCUACACAUGCUCAUUUGGUUGGUUGUUCCCACCACCCAACAGAACAUGAAGUACAUUCAGAAAAAAAAUGAGCAAGCCAACAGUUGCCAAGCAGCCCGAGACUGUGAGCUAUACUCUAAGCACCAGUCCGUAUCAUUCCCCAUUCUUCUUCCCACUGCCCAGCUAGCCUCAAUACUUCCCCUUUAGAUUUCCCAGUCUUCACCCCUGUGUAGACAAAGCCUAAAUGCAUAGCUGGUACAGAUGUAGGCUCUUUCAAGCUUCCUUCCCUUGCACACAUGGGGGAGCUAGUGUGAUCACACUCCCUUGCCCUUCCACUCAGCUGAGCAUGUGAAAGAUACUGUCUUAGCCGCAAUGUCAGAGUUUGGCACCUGAUACAAGUAGGACCCAUCCUCUGGAUUAAGAGGGCACCUGUAUACAAGCCCAUGCAGCUCUAUUGUCCACAGCACUGAGGCUAGCAAGCCACUGUAGCAACCUUCUGUCACUUUUCAGGAACCAGUGUGGGAAAGAGCCUCUGUGUCAGGGGCAUAGCUAGCUGUGUUCACAGGGGUCCAAUGAGCACAGGCCACCACACACCCAGGGGCCCUUUCAUCCACCUGUCACUUCUCCCCAUUCCUGCAACUUGCUGCCACAACUUGCCUCCUACCCCACAUCACUUGGUAUCCAGUUUGCACAAUGGUAGGAGGGGGGGUUCCAUCAUUUCUCCUCUUGUUUGACUGAGAAGAGAAGCCAUAGAACCCCUCAGCAUUAUGUAAGCCAGUUAAGAAAUGGAAGGCACACAUGUGCCCUGAUGCCUAAUCCAUGUGCAUGUACAUCAUCAAUUUUGUAGCCAGUCAUGCAGUGGUAAGGGAAUUCUAUGGCUUCCCUCCUCACUCGAAUGAGGGGAGAAGUGAUGGAACACACACUGUUGUGCAAAUCAGCUACUGAGGGGCAGGGGUAGAAGGCAAGUGGUAGGGGUGAGGAGCAGCAGCAGCGGUGGCAAUAUGUAAAAAAUUCUGUGAUGCCAUGAGAAAUUAAGGGGGCUCCCCAAUGUUCAGUUACUGAACACAGGCCCUUGCUGAUGUUGCUUGCCCCAUCGGCCUAAAAUAUGCUUAAGUGCACUAACCUAGGUUCCUCCCCGCUCCGUUUAAUAACCAAAAGUAUGCAUGCGUGAAAGGUUCACAGUGUAAGGGUCAACCACCCUCUGCUACCACUAUCCAGAAUCCACUCACAUGGAAACAGGGACUGAAUAUGGUCUCGUAUACAAACCCUACCAAAAGUAAGCCCAAGCCAGACAACAGCAGCGCAUACUAAGUUAUGCCAUACAUAACACAUUUCAGGAUUGUCAGACUGAGGUAAAUAAAUAGAAAGAAAACAGUCAUGGCAAAAGAAAAUUUGAGAGUAAGUUUGUGCAUAUUCUAGACUUAUGGUAGAAAGACUUCAAAGUUCCAAUGAAUUUGAUUCCAGCAGCUGCUGGAUCUAGCUAGUUUAGGGAACCAUAGGCUUCUGGAAACAACUUACUUCAUAUUCAGGCUGGAAGUAUAUGGACAUGAAAAGACCGAUGGGUCUUCUUUUAGCAUAUUGUGCUUCAAAGGCACAGCCAGCUAUCCAUCUAAGAAAGUGUAGUCUCUCAAAUAUGGACUGACUCUCUCUCUCUCACACACACACACACACUCACACACACCUACCUACAAGCUGGUGUAGAGGGUUUUAUUGUUUUGUUUUUCCUCUUCAAGUUGGCAGUAGUUCAACUGCUAUUAAAUCUGAGCAAGAACGCCACACAGAGACUCAGCAGUAGAAGUGUUUUGUCCUGUGCUCAGCUGUAUAUUCAGGAGUUUUAUAUGAACAUACUAGGGCAGGCAACAAUGAAUCUUCUCUACAAAAUGUAUCAUUAACAGGGAAGAUCUGCCUAGCAAUGUAUUCCACUGGGAUGUAUAAACACUCGUCUCUAGAGAUUAUGAUUUUUUUUCUUAUUAAAGUGGAAGGGUAUUUCAAGGAUAUAGUUCAGUACAAUGCAUUUGCAUCUUUGUUUUAUAAAGGGAAGCAUUCCUCUGCUAUUUCAGUGGCUUAUCCAGAAGUGUCCCUUGCAAAUGGUAUUUGAACAGGAGCAGCAAACAUGAUGGGUCAGGGGCUAUUCCAGAUCGUCUGUUCACCAUUGUAACUGCUCAGUGGAUCUGGGCCUGGAAGCUUUUCACACGGGGCUUCUGAAGCCCUUUAACUCACAUGAUCUCCAGAAUGGAGGGGAUGUGUUCACAUAUCUGCUAGAUUUACCCCAAAGUCCCUGUGAGUUAUUGGGGAGCAGUUCACACACAAUUUGGGUUUUUCACUGUGCUUUAGAGUGUAACCCAGUUUAUAUCCAAGGUAAAAAAAAAUCCACUAUUGGGUUUUGGGGACAACUUCAAGUUGUAAAGCCUCCCCGUAAACUCACGGUAAAACCUGCUGUGCAUAAAAGCCCCUGGAGAAUCUGUUGUGGAACUGUAAGAGUUUCCCCAAUACAGCUAUUCAAGGACUAGAAUGAUUCAUGGUGAGGACUUUGCUAUCAGUGCCAAGUCAGACCAUCCCAUCCUUCCCUUUUUCUGUCUCACUGCUGGGAGGUUGUUAUUAGCUAGGAAUGAUAUUUGUAAAGAAGCGUUACUGCUUUCCUAUUUCAUUUCUGUAUUAAUAAAGGCUGGCCUUCUCCUCAAA